ACAAUGAAUUCCUAAUCAACCACUUUAGUCUCGUUAUCAUCAAAUAGUAAUGGAACAGACUGCAGAAACAUUACAACCGUUCGCGAGGUUGACAAAUUUGUUUUCGAAUAGGUAGCGCAAAUAAAGUGCAACGGGGGAGGAACUGAUAAGAAUUAGAAUAAAAUAGCUCCCUGAUCAAUUCGACUGGACAGUGAGAAAAUAACCGACCAAGAACAAACUUAUAAGAUGGAUCAGCUACCAGCAACAUUUGUCAAAGGUUUCCACGAUGAAGCUAGUAUACGUAAAAUGAAAUAUAACUCAUUUGGUAGAACUGGAUUAAAGGUUUCGGAAAUAUCACUUGGAACUGGAACUCUUUGUAAAUUUUAUGGUAAUCAGGGAGAAACCGAUGGAGCCAAAGCUGUUCGUUUAGCUUUGAAGAAAGGAAUCAACUACAUUGACACUGCCCCGUACUACGGUCAAGGUCGUUCAGAGGAAAUUCUCGGGAGUGGCCUGAAGGGCGUGCCGCGGCAGGCGUAUUAUGUAGCAACCAAAGUUGGGCGAUAUGAAUUGGAAUACGAAAAUAUGUUCGACUAUAGCGCCAAGAAGACUCGCGAAAGUGUCGAGAAAAGUCUUACAUUAAUGGGACUAGACUAUAUUGAUGUUGUGCAGAUUCACGAUGUAGAAUUCGCAGCAGACCUGAACGUUAUAUGGAAUGAAACAUUACCGACAUUGGAAGCUCUGAAGACUGAAGGGAAAUUGAAGUACAUCGGCGUUUCGGCUUAUCCCAUGGAUAUAUUGAAGACAGUUAUCUCUGGAGCACCCGGAAGAUUUGACACUGUCCUCUGCUACUGCCGCAAUACCCUGAUAGAUAACUCGCUGGUAGACUAUCUUCCUUUUUUCAAAGCAAACAAUUUGGCCGUAAUUUGUGCUUCUGGUCACGCCAUGGGUUUGCUUACCAACGAUGGACCUCAGCCGUGGCACCCGGCACAGGAACAGACGAAAAACGUCUGUCGGGAAGCGUCAGACUAUUGUAAGAAACAAGGCGUUGAAUUGGGAAAGCUGGCCAUGUAUCACUUCAUUCAACUUGACGGACCAUCAACGUUUCUCAGCGGUAUGCAGUGUGAAUCGUUGGUAAACAUAAACUUAGAGGCAUAUCUCGAAGGCCUCACUUCAAAGGAACAAACCGUAUUGGAUUAUUUGAAUGAACGGAUAUUCUCCAAAGUAGUGGAUCGCAACUGGGAAGGAAUUGAGUUAGAACGCUAUUGGGCAGCAAUGAGAUCGUUGAGAACAUGAGCUCUAUCCUCUUACACCAAAAAUGUGUGCUACAGAUAACACUUAUCCUAAUAGGAGUUAAUCAAAUUAAAUAAAAUUUUCUUUGUUAAGCUAACUAAAA